CAGGAAGUUGGAAACCAGAAAUCCUUUAUUUCAGGGCAAAGUGCACUAUACCUAACUUCCCUAUCUCAAACUUCUAAGGGAUACCUUAAAUGUCUGCGUGCCUGGAGGAGGGUGCUGUUUUGUGUACUGUACUUUGUUACACUGUUAAUUACGUCGAGUCGUCAGGAGGAACUCUCUGGACUGUCAGUUGUUUCAAUUAGCCUUCAGUGCGCUGCUGCUGACUUAUCAUGAAAGGAUUAAAUUUACUUCAAUAUGAAUUAGGUAUGGAAUGAGCUAAAUUAGGUCAGACUUGUUGCUGUUGCUGAAAUGAUGUCAUUGUGGAAGAUUCUAGUCAAACGGAUCAUCUACCCAUGUAGGUUCUGACAAUUUUAAAAGCACAAGAUGGAGUCAAAGGAGAGCAUCAUGGAAGACAAAGUUAACAGUUUGCAGAAAUGCCUCAACAGUAUUUAUAAGGUUAUUAGAACUGCAAAUGAUACCUUGUGUGCCAUCAGCAAGCCAUCAGUGUGCAGUGAAGUGUUGCUAUCUCCACAAGGAAUUGCUUAUAUCUCAGGCAUUACUGAGGUGUACAGAGUGGCGAAGAGAGUGGAAAGUGGAAUGAAAUCUCUAAGUAUUAGCACUGAAACACUGCAGAAGAGUCUGAGGGACAUUGAGAUAAUCUGGAACAAUGUGCAGGCCUUCGUAUCAUUUAACCCUUCUGUGUUACGAAUGAUGCCUGCUGAAUCUACACUAGACUUUUCAGCUCUAACUGCUUCAGAAAAUGCACAAAAUGAAAUCUGUGGAGUAUGUCUGCUCAGAACACUGAAUAAGCCUAAUGAUUUCAGUGAUACGGAACAUUCAGUUUUGCAUAAUGGUUGCCAUUAUCAUGCAAGUUGUGCAAACUUUUGGCUACACUGUGUGGACCCAAACUUACCCGGUCUGAUUACACCGAAGCAAAAUUCUGAAGACUUGAACUUGGAAGAGCUCUCAGUUCUUGGCCAAAACUGCUUGGACACAAAUCCUAAAGACUUUACCCCUCCUAUAAUUCAAUGAGUGUGAAAUGUAUUUAUUCUCAGAAUCAGUGAAUUCUUUUUAGAGUGGAUGGUUUUUAGAUUAGGUUUCCUACAGUAUGGAAACAGGCCCUUCGGCCUGACAAGUCCAUACCGACCCUCUGAAGAGUAGCCCACCCAGACUCAUUCCCCUACCCUACAUUUACCCCUGACGAAUGCACCUAGCACUAUGGGCAAUUUAGCAUAGCCAAUUCGCCUAGCCUGCACAUCUUUGGAUUGUGGGAGGAAACCAGAGCACCCGGAUGAAAUCCACGCAGACACAGGGAGAAUGUGCAAACUCCACAUGGACAGUCGCCCAAGGUGGGAAUCAAGGUGAGACAGCAGUGCUAAUCACCUGAGCCAAAGUCACCUUGUGUUAUGUGUCAAAAGUAAUGUAACAUGGUUUAUAGAUACUAAGUAUUUGACAAAUGAUCCUUUAAGAGGCUUUUCUGUCAGUAAAACGUUAAAAUUUCUAUGAAAAAACAAAAACAA